CUGUCAGAUCACUCAGGGUUUGACAAUCAAUCAACUUUCCUACAACACCACUCUAACCCUACAAUCCGCACCAGUCCCACCCUCAAUCAAAAGCAUAUCCAGCAUGUCCAACCACGCGCCCCCCGCAUUCGACGUCUACUUCAUCUUCCAAAAACAAGAGCUCAAGCUCGCCUUCAACUCCACCACCCACGCAAAUGCCUACCACAGCUUAAACCGCGAGGGCCGGAUCUUCACCCAUGAGCCCACAGCCGUCUACCUCCCCCUCUCCCCAGCCAUGACCUACCUCCGCGACAGCAGCAGUGGGCUCGUGAUCGGCUUCACCUCCCCCGAAGACGCAGACACCUGGUGCCGGAACUCCAUCCUAGGCCAUAUCUACGCGACCGAACCCUCCACCGAAGUCCGGAUCCGACGUACCUGGACCGACGAGGAACUCGACGAGGUCCUUCGCGCGCAGCACCAUACCAACGGGUUCCGAAACAGCGUUCCUCUUCCACUGCGCGCAGCCAUGGCACCGAAUACACCUCCUUCACAUACGGGCUCUAAAUCACGUCCAACUAGCGGACAGUUUGCUCCUCCUCCUUGGGCCCAGGUGGGAUCUGCAUCUGCAUCCCCGUCCCCGCCUGCGACUUCUCAUCAUGCAUACUCGCCGGAUUUGACACAGCAACCGAAGAGUACUUACACACACACGGCGUAUCGUCCAUCGCAUGCGCCAUCGGACUCAAUACAGCAUCCUAGAGCGAGUUAUCCGUCGGUAGAGGUGGAGCAUUUGGAUGUACCGCCUCUGAGAGUGGGACAUCCCGCGGGAGGUGCCCCGACUGCACCUGUUCAUUAGACUGAAUAUGGAUUGGAAUAGUCUGGAAUAUUGUGGGUGGAUUGACGUUAGCAUAGCGAUGGCGUGAUUUCAUGGAAAGCAUGUUUUUUUUCCUAUCUGUCUUUAUUUCUUUCUUUCUUUUUUAAUUUGAUAGAAUUAGAUACCAAAUACUACUAUAGACAUAUCAACCCAUUCAUCACAUCACAUCACAUCACACAUCCAUCACGGAAACACUCCGCCAACAUACACACAUACUCAUACCUUACCA